AUGGUCAAACAUCUGUAUCAGGAGUCUGGAUCUUCUCUUCAGAAUGGUUUAAGACUUAAGCAAGAAGGUAUCAUUGAAGGGAAGGUUUAUUUUCAGGAUGGAGGUCCUCCCAACUUUGAACAACCUACUUUGGGUAGGAAGAAUAAGCUAAAGAAGAUUGGUCAUGGCAUAAUUCAUCUAAAUAGAAUGAAUUCUCAUAAGUCUAAAAGUGUGAUUAACCAAAGACAUGAUAUGAUGACUGGUGAAGAAGAAGUUGGUGUGUUGAAGUCCAGCCACAAGAUAUAUGUAUUAGAUAAUUCUUUCAACAUUCCAAUUAUUGACAAGUCUGAUCUUGUAGCUAAUAUGAGUGUUGUUCCACUCAGGUUUGGUUCUAUGAGAAAUCAUCAUGAUAAAGAUUCCUAG